AUGGCGCCUCCCAAUGUAUGGCCGUGCCGAAAGCCCCGAAAGCGACUUGUGUGUUUACUCAGCCGGCGGGCUGCAGUGAUCUUUCUUGUGGGCCUGAUUGCUCUCUGCGGCCGCCAAGACCUCGCUCCUUGUGGCGCGACCCAGGUGAGUCCGGUAGGACAAAAAGCCAUUUGCGACGAAACGGGAGGAGCGACCACGUGCACAUGCGAAGGAGUCACCCCCCCGCCAUCCGAACACGGGACCGCAACGCUCUCAGAGAAAGCGACUACGCUGCACAUCCUUUGUAAAAAAGGCCUCACCUGCGCCCCAGACAAACUCGGGAGCACGAAAGUGUGCGACGGCACCGCGUCAGCCGUUCAGAACUGCGCCAGCCGCGAUGAGGGAGGCGGAAAAUGCGUCGAUCUCUCCGAUAUUUUUGUUGGGGCUUCCACACUCGCGUGGGCAAGUGGAAAUGAAUCAGAUGGCAGUACCCCUAAAUCUCUAGUUGUCACUAAAGCCAACCUCCCUUUUGUGGACAAGAAGUUCGUGGUCGGUUGUGUCAAAGGUGAGAAUGCUGCUUGCACUGUGGCGGUGGCGGUCAACGCAAGACCGACAGAGAAGACAGGCCAGACCGUCACUUGCGCAUAUGGAGAGAACAGCAACCUCACGCCCCAGACGGUGGCACUGAACCCGUCAAACAGGAGCUUCACUCUGGUGUGCGGCGAGGACGGAGAAGUGGUGCCUGCGAACUACCAGGCGUCGUUCUGCCCUGUUGGUGCAGAAAAGAGGGACGACCAGAGCGGUGCGUGCACCGAGAGCUACUCACAGAUUCUGCCCGCAUAUGAGACUAGUUGGUGGAGAAACGAUGGAGGAAAGUCUUCAUAUACGCUCACCAUUCCGGCGGACAAGUUCCCGGAGACUGAGGCGAAACUGAACAUUCGUUGCCAGAAGAAGGGUGCUUCAAGCAGCAACCGGAGUGAGGUGCCAGCUACACCGAACCCGAGCGUGUGCAGCGUUGAUGUGACAAUUGAGGGUGUUGGGAAAGAUGUUUCAUCGUCUGCCUCCGCCUUCGGGUGCCUGAGCCGUUUGGUUGCUCUUGCCGCUGUCAGUUGUGCCGCUUUCCUCUGUCGUAUUUGA